AUGGAAUCAACAUCAAAGAACAAAGAAGACGGUUUAGAUGCAGAAAAUACCUUAAACAACUUAUUAGUUGAAGACCCGAUUACUUAUGUUUUUGAAGAUGAUGACGAGUCAAGUGAAAGAGGUGUAGAGCACAGCAAGAAUCUUUUGUUCAAAUUUGUUUCAGGAAGAGAGUAUAACGUCAACCUUUUACAUCAGAUUUUAACCAAAGCCUGGAAACCCUCAGGAGCGUUCACGAUUUUAGAGCUUGGAAGUGGUAUCUACAAUGUCAGAUUUACACUAUUGUGUGAUUUGCUAGCAGUUCAACAAGGUACCCCUUGGUCUGUGAAAGAAGACCUCAUGUUAAUUGAAAAAGGAAAUGAAGAUUCUUUAUUGGAAGAUUAUGAGUUUAGAUAUGAGGUCUUCAGUUUACACAUAUAUGGGCUUCCAUUAAGUAUGUUAAACGCUGAGAAAGUUGCCAGUAUUGUUAGUAUCUUUGGAACCCCUGAAUCUAUUCAAAAAUCUUUGGCUGCAAAAUGGGGAAAAUUUGCCAAGCUAAGAGUUAAGAUCGAUAUAACGAAACCCCUCCCCAAGGAUAUGGAGAUUACUUUGAAGUCCAAGAGGAAGAUUAAGAUAACUUUUAGAUAUGAAAAGGUCCCCAGAUUAUGUUUUCAUUGUGGUUUCUUCGGGCAUUUGAUGAAACAAUGCCCUCAUCUUUCAAAAAAACUGGAAGAGGAUAGAUCGGUGAGUACUGAAGAUAUCAUGCUCAGAAUGAAUGAUAGCGCUUAUGCAAGAUACAGUGAAGAGAUACGUGCUUUCCACAAGACCUCUGAAGAAGAGAUGAAUCAAUGUAUUGAUGGAGUGGGGAAGAUGAAUAUGGAGACUCAACAACCGUUGAUGAAGGAGAUUGAUCUGGACGGUGAUAAAAGCGACACGCGGCUUCUCAAUAUGGACUUGGAGGCACUGAUAAUGAACUAA